GUUUGGCUCAGGACACAGACAUUGCUGGAUAUAGCUGGGAGAAAGGGAAAGUGAACAGAGGAAAUCACAGCUGGGAAAUUAAAAAGAAUUUGAUAAUAUUUUGGAAUAUGGACAAGAGGUGCUGGUGAACAGGACAAUGAGUCGGGGCGAGUGCUGCACAGACUUUGGGAUUUAGUCACCAGGAAGGAUCCAGGAUCUGCACUCAGCAGGGUGUGAAUUAAACUGUCACCGGGAUUCACUGCCUGAUUCUCCUACACACACUAUUACAGGAAAGGGAAUGAGACAAAUGGUAGAAUCUCCAGUUUGCGCUGAACACAGAGCAUCACAGUGUCUGCAUUUUGGACAAUGCAGGUCCUAAUCCAACACCCUGUUGGGAGCUUGGAUGUUCUUACGGGCUCCAGAAUGAAUAAUGCAGAAGUGUUUGUGACUGGCGGGGAAGCAGGGCCCUUCGUGGCGAGGGUUCCCAAACAGCGCUGCCUUUCUGCCUUGGACCCACGAAUACCCAGUGAGGAGGAUUUGCACAGCGAGGAGCUGGAUGGGUUCAUUGCAGUCCCAUUGCGGAGGUCCUGCCGCCUUCGAUCAUCCAUGCACACCAUGGACGCAUUCCGCAGGCACAGCUGGGAGCCAGGGAAGAGACUGCAAGAAAUGGAGGCAGACUAUGAGGAACUCAGUCAGAGUUUAAAGGGUCUGAACCCCGAGGAGAUAGAGGGGAAUAUGGGCAACAGGAGAGACCCCCGUCGCACUCCAAUUAUCAGCAGUACGGACGAGCUGGAGUCUUGGCUUUCUACACGAGGGGAGGAUCUGGAAGUCACACAGGAGGAACACGCAAAGAGGCUUCAGGCGUAUCUCUCCUCCCAGCACUAUUUGUACAACCCUCUCUCCAAAUCUGUCUCAAUGUCGGGCAUCGACCACACGUUCUGCUACCCCGAUGAUGUGACCCUCUAUUCCCAAGGGAGGAACCUGUCCAACGGUGCCUUGAGCUGCGGAGAUUUUGAUGCUCUGGAGACGGAUGAGAAGGAGAACAGAGAAAAGGAAGAUUCUACUCUAGGGAGGACUCUGAGCUUCAUCCGAAAAAUGGCUGGUGGGAAAUCCAAGAAUAAAGAGAAAGAGAAGAUGAAGGAUUCCAAGGAGAAGGACCCCCGCUACACCAAUGGACACUUGUUCACCACCAUCACCGUGUCUGGGACCACUAUGUGUUUUGUGUGUAACAAGAGUAUAACUGCUAAAGAGGCGCUGAUUUGCCCCACCUGUAGCGUUACCAUCCACAACCGCUGCAAAGAUGCGCUGCCCAGCUGCACCAAGGUCAAACAGAAACAACAGAAAGCCGCUUUUCUGAAGAACAAUUCCGCCCUGCAGAACGUCUCCCUGCGAAACAAAACCACAACACUUCGAGAACGUCCCAAUUCAGCCAUUUACCCCUCCGACAGCCUUCGCCACUCCAUCCUGGGCUCCCGCAGGGGCCGAGCUUCUUUAUCUCUGUCUAAAAGUGUCUCCACCACCAACAUCGCAGGGAAUCUCAAUGAUGAGAGUCCGCUGGGAAUCCGCAGAAUCCUCUCCCAAUCCACUGACUCGCUUAAUAUGCGGAACAGGACACUCUCCGUGGAGUCGCUCAUUGAUGAAGGCGCCGAGGUUGUGUACAGCCAACUUAUGAGCGACUUUGCCACCGAGGAGAGGGAAUUUGAGGCGGAUUCCUGGAGUCUGGCGGUGGAUAAUAACUACCUCCAGCAGCACAAGAAGGACGUCAUGAAGCGGCAGGACGUUAUAUACGAGCUGAUCCAGACGGAGGUCCACCACGUGCGCACCCUGAAGAUCAUGACCAACAUAUUCCAGAAGGGAAUGCUGGAGGAUCUGCAGAUGGACCCGGCGCUGGUCAAUAAGAUGUUCCCUUGCGUGGAUGAACUUAGCGACAUUCACAUUCGCUUCCUCAUUCAGCUCCUGGAGAGGCGCAAGGACUCGCUGGCGUCCGACAGCAACAAGAACUUUGUCAUCAACAAGUUGGGGGAUAUCCUCAUUAACCAGUUUUCAGGCCCCAAUGCAGAGCGCAUGAAGAAAACCUACACUGAAUUCGCAAGCCAACAUCAUAAGGCCAUGAAGCUCUACAAGGAACUCUUCUCUAGGGAUAAGAAGUUCCAGCAGAUGAUACGGAAAAUGACCCGCUCCCCAUUGCUGCGCAGACACGGGGUCCAGGAGUGUAUCCUGCUGGUGACGCAAAGGAUCACCAAGUACCCCGUCCUCAUUGACCGCAUUCUGCAGAACUCUAAAGGUGAUGAGGAGGAGCACCAAGACUUGGCAGAAUCCCUGCGGCUGUUGAAGGAACUGAUUUCAACAAUAGACCAAGAGGUGCACAACCUGGAAAAGAACCUGCGCCUGCAGGAGAUCUACCAGAAGAUCGACAGCAAGUCUGUGGCUCUGGUCGACGGAGACCACAACUUUAGCAAAGAGGAGCUGCUGCGAAGGAAACUCAUCCACGAGGGAUCGUUGCUAUGGAAAACGGCUGCCGGGCGCUUCAAAGAUGUCAUCAUGCUGCUAAUGACUGACACUAUGAUUCUCCUUCAAGAGAAAGACCAGAAAUAUUAUUUCCCAACACUGGAUAAGUCUCCUGUCAUCAGUCUGCAAAACCUGAUUGUGCGAGACAUUGCCAACCAAGAGAAAGGCAUGUUCCUAAUAAGCGCCAAGCCCCCUGAGAUGUAUGAGGUUCAUGCCGCCUCCCGGGAGGAGCGCAACACAUGGAUGAAGCACAUCAGCCAAACAGUCAAAGUGUGCCCAAAACGUGAGGAAUUUCCUUUGAUCGAGACAGAAGUAGAGGCAAAACUGAGGAAGCUGAGAGAGGUCAUCCAGGAGAAGGACAGAGAAGUGGCUGAACUCCUGGACGAGAAGGUGACCCUCUUUUCCAAAGUGGUGCAACUGCAGGCAGGCGAAAAAUCCCCACUGACGGGUGUCGGCACUCGGUGCCUCUUCCGAACCGACUCUACGGACAGUUACAGAGGGGAGAAGCUGAUCAGCGAGGCCAUCAGAGAAGUGGAAGCGCUGAAAGACGUGAUCUUUGGGACCGGGACCGAACAGCCUCUUCUAAGGGCGGAACAGAACCACACGUUGGACAGGUCCAACAGCCAAUCCAGAGAUUCCACACACAGGGACACACACACCAUUAAUGGCUCCUGUGAUCUCAGCAAAGAUGAUGAUCCAAAGGACCGGAAUGGGAAUCAGCUCCAAAACAAAAGCCCUCGUGAGGACGCCCUACAGAGGAUUGUCAAUAUCUACAGUUUUCUACACGGGCUGCAGGUGCUGGUUAUACAACAGGACACGCUACAAGACACGCCACUCCAGGACGUCGGCGACAAAAAGGAACGUCUGUGCCGGAGCAACUCCCGUGAUCCAAUUCUGGUAGAGCCCUUAUCCAAGACGGCGGACAAACAGACGGAGCUGACUCUGUUGCAGCGCCAGCACACGCUGUUGCAGGAGGAGCUGCGCAGGUGCCGGCGGCAGUGCGAGGAUAGGGCGCAGGAGGCGGGGUUACUGGAGACUCGGUUGAGGGAGAGCGAGCAGAACAGGGCAAAGCUGGAGCGGGAUUUAGAGGAUGGAAAGAGGCAGCUGUCCUUCCUGAGAGAGAGAAGUGAUGCAGGAGUGGAGCUCACCAGGAACCCCAAAGUGUUGGAUCCUCGUAGGCGGAGCUUGCCAGCGGGAGACGCCCUCUAUCAGACAUUCACUCCUCCCCAGAUUCCCAUGGAGAGAAGGGUCCCUCUGGCUCUAGAUGGUCACGUCCCCAUCAUCACUCUACACGACGACUCUGAUCUUAAAGACGACUUCAGUGAUCUGACGGAGCUUGAGAAACUACCGGCGGACACAGAAUGGACAGAGGAGGAGGGCGGGGGGCCCCCAGCUUCUCCCUCCAGCACACGAGAAUUCCAGAGAAUGCAGGACAUUCCAGAAGAAGCAGAGAGUGUUCAGGAGCUGAAAGACGUGGACCAGGGAUCCUCCAAAAGUUAAAGAUCCGGCAGUGGGACAGGACCGGGCUCCCCACUACAGACGUGAGACGGACGCGCUGCUCUACGAGACACUCCGGGAGCAGUGAGAGGGGGGAGGCCAUUACUAGUCACGACCUGUUCCCCACCAGUGUGGCCUGCGGCAGCGACCCAGAGGUGCACCCGCUACAAAUGAACUGGUCCAGUCAGUGGGGCGGAGUUUGGCACCGAUCCAACUAUUCCACACUCUUGACAAGGCCGGAGCAGGCAGAUCUGGCCGAUAGAGGGUUAAAAAAAAGACUUUUUUAUUGAAUGACUUUUUUUUUUGUUUUUUUUUCCAAACCUUGAUAUAAGAAGACGUUUCUAAUCACAGUAUCACUACAAUUUAUACGGCCGCAGUGUUCCAUUGAAUUGGGGAUUGAUUUGUACCUCUCAGCAGCUGAAAUCAAUAUGGCGGCUCAUUUCCCAUCCGCGGGUGCAGGGAACGCUACGGAUACGGUUUAGAUUCAGGCCUCACAAAUCUGCGUCCCUCCUGCCCCGCAUCCUCCUUAUUUAUUUAUCCUUUUAAUUAAAAAGUAACAUUUUUAAGUUAUAUAUAUAUUUUUUCUCUUUUAAAAAAAGCUUUUCCACUUCCCACCCUCCAUCCCUGCUUGUGCUUCUCUGCAUCGUCCAGCUGCAGGCUCUUUGGGGUUAAUCCGUAUGAGAUGAUAGAGGGGGGAGAACUAGUUGAACGUGCUCAUUCACAAAGCUGCUAAGGCAAAAUGGCACCAGCAGGGGGAGCUCUCAGUAGCUUAUGAUGUGCCCAGUACUUUGCAUUGGCUUCACCUCUGUCUCCCCAAAUCCAGGCGCAUGUUCUGUACCAUCAGGUUUUGGCCACUGGGUGUCGCUGUUUACAUUAUAUGGAAAGUACAGCCACAUAACACAAGUGAUGCCAUGAAGGAUGCUGGGAGUUGUAGUUCAAGCUCAUCAUUCCGUUCUCCUUGCAAGGCUGCUGUACACUAACCCCCCAAUAUCUCUGCAUUGUAUUUUGUACGGACGUAUCUUCUGUAAAUACAUAAUCUGGAGCAGUGA